ACUGAAUCACUGUCAUCUGCAACCUUUAAAUUACCAUAUGCAAAAGCAAAACCACCCAAACCCAAAAUUUUAAAGAGAAAAAUAUUAAUGGGGGAACACAGAGCACGCGCCGCCGCCACCGGGCCAUUUUCACUUCACUCCCAAACCCAAUACUUCUCUCGCCGUGUCACCACUUUCAACUACCUCUUUGCCGCCGUUUACUCCAUCGCCAUCGUUGCUCUGCUUUACUACCAUUUAGCUUCACUUCUCAAUUCCACCUCUUUUACUUCCUUCUUCAUCUCCCUUUCUCUGUUCAUCUCCGAUGUCGUUUUAGCCUUCUCCUGGAUCACCACUCAAAGCUACCGCAUAAAUCCCAUCCGCCGCCGUGAGUUUCUCGAAAACCUCAAACUUUUGCUCAAACAGGAUUCUGAUUUUCCGGCGUUGGAUGUGUUUAUUUGCACGGCGGAUCCUUACAAGGAGCCACCGAUGAACGUCGUCAACACGGCUUUGUCCAUCUUGGCUUAUGACUAUCCGACCCGAAAGAUUUCGGUCUACAUCUCCGACGACGGCGGUUCUGCUAUCACGCUCUUUGCUCUUAUGGAAGCCGCCAGGUUCGCCGCCGAAUGGUUGCCAUUUUGUAGGGAAAACGACGUUGACAGGAAUCCUCAUACAUUCUUUGCUUCCAAUGAGGAUUCUUAUUGCAACUCUGAGAAGGAGAAGAUCAAGAUAAUGUAUGAGAAAAUGAGAAUGAGAGUAGAAAAAGUUAUGGAGAAAGGAAAGGUUGAAGAUGAGUUCAUCAAUGGAGAAGAAGAGCACUUGAUUUUUGAUAAAUGGACAAAAUCCUUUACUCCUAAAAAUCAUCCUACAAUCAUUCAGGUUUUGCUUGAUAAUAGUAAAAAUAAAGACAUCAGAGGAGAAUCAAUGCCAAAUCUCAUCUAUGUUUCAAGGCAAAAAAGUUCAACUUCUCAUCACCAUUUCAAAGCUGGUGCUCUUAAUACUCUGCUUCGUGUAUCAGCUACAAUGACCAAUGCACCAAUUAUUCUCAAUUUGGAUUGUGACGUAUAUUCUAAUGACCCAGAAACACCAAACCGAGUCUUAUGUUAUUUAUUGGACUCAAAGCUUAAGAGUAAUUUAGGCUAUAUUCAAUUUCCUCAACGUUUUCAUGGAGUUAGCAAAAGUGACAUCUAUGACACCGAGCGUAAGCGAGUGUUUACAUUUAAUAACGCUGGCAUGGAUGGGCUAUUAGGGCCAGCUUAUCAAGGCACUGGGUGCUUUUUUGUUCGACGGGCUUUCUUUGGAGGUCCAUCAUCAACAUCAUUCGUGUCACCUGAGCUUCCCGAACUCAACCCUAAUCAUGUUGUGGAAAGAGCCAUUCAAUCUCGAGAAGUCUUAGAUUUAGCCUAUGUGGUUGCCCGUUGUGACUAUGAAAACAACACCAAAUGGGGUUCUAAGCAGUUAGGUUUUAGAUAUGGAUCUCUAGUGGAGGACUAUUUCACAGGGUAUUGUUUGCAAUCCGAGGGGUGGAGGAGUAUAUUCUGUAAUCCAAACAGAACAGCUUUUUACGGGGAUGCGCCUAAAAACCUCCUAGAUGGGCUGAAUCAAGGGAAAAGAUGGAUUGUUGGGCUUUUGGAAGUGGGCUUCUCAAAGUACAGCCCAAUCAUAUACGGUGUAAAGACUAUGGGCCUUCUCAUGGGCCUUUGUUAUAGCUACAACGCAUAUUCUUGGCCCUUUCUCUCCUUUCCAGUCACCCUUUAUGCCUUCCUCCCCCAAUUGGGUCUCAUCAAUGGCAUCUCCCUCUUCCCAAAGGUUUCAGAUCCAUGGUUUGUAUUGUAUGCAUUCUUGUUCUUGGGAGCCUAUGGUCAAGACCUUUUCGAAUUCAUGUUAGAUGGAAGCACAUUCCAAAAAUGGUGGAAUGAACAGAGAAUGUGGAGCAUAAGAGCUCUCUCUAGCUAUUUCUUUGCAUCCAUUGAAUUUUUUUUGAAAUUCCUUGGGAUUUCUGCGUUUGGAUUUAAUGUCACUAGUAAAGUAAUUGAUCAAGAACAGAGCAAGAGAUACGAUGAAGAAUUAUUCGAUUUUGGAGCAUCAUCCCCAAUGUUCUUGCCAAUGGCCACGACGGCCAUCAUCAACUUCGUCGCCGUACUCAUUGGAAUUUGGAGAGCAUUGGGCGGAGCGUGGGAACAAUUUUUCCUUCAAAUGUUUUUGGCUGGAUUUGUGGUGCUCAAUUGUUGGCCGCUUUAUGAGGCCAUGGUGUUUAGGAACGAUGGAGGAAAAUUGCCACCCAAAAUUACUUUCUUGUCCCUCUUUCUUGCUUUGCUUCUUUGCUCUUUAUUUUCUGCUUUUUUGCAUGUAUUUUGAAAUUUAUUUGUAAUUGUUUGAGUAAUUUUCAAUCUUUACAAUGUUGAUGUUUUCAGAGUCGAUCUCUCAUCUCUA